GCCUGACCCUGUCACAGUAGCUUUUACUAGACUCUUGGGCAGGGAAAUAGGCCCCACAGUCGCAAGCCCUUCCCUCAGCCAACCUCUUCUUCCUGGUCUUGUAAAUGGCCACUUUGGCCAUAGCCAGGAGGGGGUUAACAAGAAGGUCCCACGACUUUGUCGGGCCAUAGACGGGGUGUGCGAUAAUCAACAGGAGAGGGGAGAAAUGCAGCCAGAACCUUCAGACGAGAUUCCGGAGGAGCUGAAAAAGGGGCUGCCGCCUGGUGCAUUCGAGAUAAACGUGCACCAGAGUGUCCCUCACGCCACAGAAGGGGCAAGUGUCAGGAACAGGAGUGAACCGCAGAAGUACACGGCUGCGCUCACAGAACCAUGGAGGAUUCUCCAGCUAAUAUCCCCGGUGGGCCGUGGAACCAAGGAGUUAAUGAACUUCGCGUUGACCUCACCGAUUUUGAGAACAACCACGGGUUUGCCAAGUACUCGUCAUUCAAAAUUUUAGGAGAGACUGAAAAUUACAAGCUGAUUCUUGGCAGUUUCCUUCUGGGUACUUCAGGGGACUCGUUAACGGGCCACAAUAACAUGCUGUUCUCCACUAAAGACCGGCAGCAAGACCCUGGUUCAAACAAAUGUGCCACAACCUACAAGGGAGCCUGGUGGUAUUCGAGCUGCCACACGUCCAACCUGAAUGGGAUGUACUGGCUGGGGGCGCACAGCAGCUUUGCAGACGGCGUCAACUGGCACACGGGCAAAGGAUUGCUGCUUUUUGCUGGCCCCUCAAUUCCUGUUGCAUGCAAGCUCACAUUGCCUGCCAGCAGAGGUGUUUCCAGGUUCUCGAAUGGCUGUACAGGGUGCGGCGAGACAGAGUUAUGGACCACCCGGUAUGAGAACACCUGGACUCCUUCCCAAUGCCUGCUCUGCAUUGCUGAUCAUUUGGAGAACAAAAUAAAAAUUUCUUUGUAAUGCAAA